AUGGACGAUCCGGUCAAGCGUUCAAUGGCAGACCCCCGUAUGAUCGCAAGGUUUCAAAGAUUCCCGGAAGGCGGAGCUGAACGCAAGUUGCUAGAAGAUUGGUUGAGCGGUUCAAGCAAAGCCGCGCAGGCGUGGGUGAUUUAUGUCGACACGGCGAAAUAUUACCUUCAAAUUAAGGACGCCAGGAAGCAUUCGUUGACGACGCACGAUAUGGACGACAUUAAAGACUUUUUGGGCAUCCAGGACGAUAUCAGGAAAACUUUCUCGUCACGGGGCGUCGAACCCGAAGUGUUAAAGACACUCUUCGGCGACCCGAUAGACUACGAUGUGAGGCCAUGUUCGGACGAUUCGCUGAUUUAUCUUCUCCGUCAAAGUCAUAUCGAUAUAUUAAUUGGGAUGUGCCACUUAUGUACGCAGUCAAUUCUUCUCAACUCUUUAGACAGGUCUGACGUCACCGACGCAGCGGACGUUGUUUAUGAUGGCUAUGAUUCCAUAUCACCAUCGCAAUCUCUCAAGAACAAGGAAGCAGGUGUACGCCUAGUUCAUUGUUUCCAAAAAAAGUACGCCGGACCAGGCGUCCGGUGGUUGGAAAUGGCUCUGCCCCAGUACAUGAAAAUGUACAACCACAAUGUCCAUUAUGGGAAAACGGUCGUUGUUCUUCAGAGUAGCGGAACGGGAAAGUCUAAGACAAUGGCCGAAUUGGCGUGUUCGAAUCCUCGAGAGCAUUGGGGUAUCAGCGUGUGUUUUCGUGGACUUGGAUCGUUGAAUAUGUCAGAUGUGGAUGGGUAUCCACUUGGCGAUGUAUCGGUUUUCGGAUGCCUUGAUAGGCUUCCAAAAGAUGUGAUGAUGAAGCUCAAAUGUGUGAAGGUAUCUAUCUGCGUCCAAUCAUCAGUCGGGGGUACUGACACUCAGCAGAGCGAAGAGAUUGCGGCUUCUUUCAUGGCGGCUCUUUUUGGCGUCGUGCAUGACACAAUCAUGGAUGCAAAAUGCUCCUCUGUUAAAUACGAGGAAGCUUUCGAUAAAUCUUGGGGUAUUUCUAAUGUCACCCACCAGUUGAACACACCACGCAUCAAGAAUUUUGAGAAAGUUCAGACAAAUGCCAUUGCCUUACUGAAAGCACAUGCAGAGGAGAUAUUAGACGCACGCAGCUACUUAUCUGCGCCAACGGUUUUUAUCGAGCCAGAUCUGGAGGUGCCAGCGGGGACAGCCAGUUGGGUAACAAAACUGUUCCAGAUCCUCGUCAUCACAUUCGCCGAGACUCUGGAUCGCGACCGGCGCGAACUAGGGUUGUCGUGCUUCACAUUAACGUUUGAUGAAUGUAAUCAAAUGAACUUUGAUUACAAGCCAAGGCUGAACAGCAACCCUCCCGAUAACCGCAUUACGCUUCCUGCGAUGCAAAGGGUAAUCAAGGCUUGCGAGGAAUUCAAUUUUUGGUUUUUCAUGCCGGACUCGGUGAACGGACUUUCUGAUGUGUACCCUGACACUGCUUACAAGAAGACAACAUCGUCGUGGCGUCUACAAGGUUCCUUGAAGCCACUUCCACCCUGGCUAUAUAUGCCUUUCGACACCAUGGUACCAUCACCAGAGAACCUACCCAAUACGCCUUUAGAAGCCCUUCGACUGGAUCGCCUUCGGGUGUAUGGUCGACCGCUGUGGUCGACAUUUGGUGAUAAUGAGAUUAUGUACGCAGCUAGUAGGAGGCUGCUCUGUGCUGAACCUCAGCAUUUCCCUAGCCCUGACUCCGAUAAGUGCAACUUGCAGGUCCUGGCUGUACAUUCAAUUCGGUUCGUCCUCGAUCUCACUGCCGAAGGUGCUGCAAACCGAAUGGCCAUUGACUCCGUGAGGAGCCAUCUGCGUGUCCUAACUGACUACAACGCAUCGACGCGUAUGUUGAAAUCUGAAGUUCUGUCCGAGCCUAUCUUGUCUAUAGCUGCUGGGGACAUCCUCCUCAAAAGCAAAGAAAUAUACAAAGAAACUAUGAAAAUUCUCUUUGAUCAACUCCUUCUAUACAAGAAGGUUAUUUCUCUAGGCGAAAAUGGGGAAACUUGUGGUAGAAUCAUCCUCAUCGUCAAUCGUGAUGCCACUGUUCACGCAGCAGGGGGUCAAAUUUGUGUUGUUGACGUUGUGAAACACAAAAUCGUUGAGCAGCCCUACAAUGAUGGGGAUCAUCUGUCCUAUGCCGUGCGACCUUUCCUGUUGGCGUCAUAUCUCCGACAGCUGGUGGAUCCGAACAAACUUGCCCAGAUCGAUGGCGCCUAUAACUCCGGCUUGGAAUGGGCUUCAAAGGUUCAUAUGAACUUUACGCACUUUGUCCAGCUCGAGGACUUCAUCGAAUCAAACCUUUCAUACGAGUUUGCCCUUCUGUGCUGGCGGAGAGGUUUGGCUUUGCAAUGCAUCCAUAACCAACCUGUCAUUGACAAGCUCCUUGUCGGUUACCGUGGUGACCUUUCCAGACCUUUCGAUCCCAAGAUGUUUGUCUUUGUCGCGCUGCAUACCAAGAACAGGGUUUCGGCUGCAAAAUUGGACUUGAUCAACACUAUCACUUGCCCAUUCCUCGAGGACGGGGUGGAGCGCUGGAAGCCAGAGUACAUGGUAAUCCUGAUGGACCUAGACACCUCGAUUUGCUUCAAGGACGCUGACCGACAGGUUCAAGUUACUAAGUGCAAGGCUGUAAAGGGCCAGGCGUGGUCUGCAUUUGACGAAAGUGCAGAGCAUUCGGCCGUUCGCAUCAACAUCCGCGGACUACAACCCUACCUUUCUCUGGAACAGUGGGCGCCUAAGAUGCUGCAGCUUGAAUCAGGCAGGGGAUUGACCGAUUUCUCGAGCUUUGACCAACAGUAUGAAUUCACAAGGAAGGCCACGAAAGAUGCGUUAACGUUGUCUUAUGAUGAAACGCUAGACAGGCAUAAAAAGUUGUUCGAGGGGGUCUGA